GCUGAGCCCCCCCAUCCGCCCGCCUCUCGGGCUCUCCACGUGCUGGCUUUGUCAGGGCUCAGUGUCUCUGCAGCUGGGGCCAGCAGAAGACAAGCCGAUUGCCAGGGAGGCAAGACCACCCCGCGGGACCCCAGCCGGCUUCUGCCCUGGGCUCAGCGCACCUCUUGACAUCCCUGAAGAGACCCCAGCUUCCUGACCCCUUGUGACCUAGCUGGAGCUAUUCCGGAAGCUUUUCCCAGGCGUCUUGCCAGUCUUCCAGGUUGUCUGCUGGGGGCUAAGGGGAGCUGGCUUUUCUCGUUUGCUUUUCAAAUGAUACUCAUUCUCAAAGGAAGUCAAGUAUCUUCUAAACAGCUGCAAUUUCACCCCACUGGGCAAGAGAGUUUUGGCAGAUCCGUGUAGCCUCCGCCAGGCAAUCCUGGGGUCCAAGAGGAGGCAGGCGCCCACCCGUCAACACUGAGCGCUCCUAGAAGAGGACAGCGUCAUUGGGUAGUGGGAAGCCUCUGGCCAUCCUCCCACGGAGCCCAGCGAGUUCAGCGGUGAAGAUGGAAUUGGGUGGGGAUUCCUCCACUCCUCCAGAAGCCACCGCCCCUCUAAGGAUACCCAGUUCUAUGCUUGGCAGCUCCCCGCUGGGGAAGCUCCGAGCGCUCCCUAUCAGGCCAGCUUCACAGCGAGGGACUCCUGGCAGCCCGGCCGUAGCUGGGGAUAGCCCCUCGGGGGAGCCAAAUAGUGGCAUGAAGAUUCCCAAUCGGGACAGUGGAAUCGACAGCCCAUCCUCCAGCAUGGCCAGUGAGAACUUCCCCUCUGAGGAGGGCAGUGAGGUUUCUCCAUGCCCUGAGACAGCCGUGGAUAGCCAGGCCCCAAAGGACACCCCCCAGGAGGAGGCUGACAGUGACGUCGGUGAGGAUCCUGAGCCCAAGAACAGCCCUCUAAAGGCUGGUGAGGACGCCAGCCUGGCCCAGGGCUCCAACCCGCAGAAGCUGCUGCACAUCGCCCAGGAGCUCCUGAACACCGAGGAGACCUACGUGAGGCGGCUGCACCUGCUGGACCAGGUUUUUUGCACCAGGCUGACAGAAGCGGGGAUCCCUCCGGACGUCAUCACUGGCAUCUUCUCUAAUAUCUCCUCCAUCUAUCGCUUCCACGGGCAGUUCCUGCUGCCCGAGCUGCAGGCGCGGAUCACGAGGGAGUGGGACACAAAGCCCCGGCUUGGGGACAUCCUGCAGAAACUGGCCCCGUUCCUGAAGAUGUAUGGCGAGUACGUCAGGAACUUCGACAGGGCCGUGGGGCUGGUGAGCACGUGGACCCAGCGCUCUCCAUCUUUCCAGGAGGUCGUCCACAGCAUCCAGAAGCAGGAGGUGUGUGGGAACCUGACGCUGCAGCACCACAUGCUGGAGCCCGUACAGAGAGUUCCUCGCUACGAGCUGCUGCUCAAGGACUACCUGAAGAGGCUCCCCGAGGAUGCCCCAGACCGGAAGGAUGCCGAGAGGUCUCUGGAGCUCAUCUCCAUAGCCGCCAAUCACUCCAAUGCUGCCAUUCAGAAAAUGGAGAAAAUGCACAAACUUCUGGAAGUGUAUGGGCAGCUGGGUGGGGAGGAAGACAUCGUGAACCCUGCCAACGAGCUGAUUAAGGAAGGCCAAAUCCAGAAGCUUUCAGCCAAGAAUGGCACCCCUCAGGACCGCCACCUCUUCUUGUUCAAUAGCAUGAUACUCUACUGUGUGCCCAAAUUGCGGCUCAUGGGUCAGAAAUUCAGCAUCCGUGAGCAAAUAGACAUCGCUGAUCUCCAGGUGCAAGAUAGUGUGAAACCAAACGCGUCACAUACGUUCAUCAUAACAGGAAAGAAAAGGUCCCUGGAGCUUCAGGCUCGGACAGAGGAAGAGAAAAAAGAAUGGAUUCAGGUCAUUCAGGCUACCAUGGAGAAGCACAGACAGAAGAGUGAGACCUUCAGGGCCUUUGGCGGUGCCUGCGGCCAGGAUGAGGAGCCCAGCCUGUCUCCAGACUCUCUCAUGGUGAACACAGGAUCCACGGAGCCUACGGGGGUGACCGAUAGCAGUGGGGGUACCGCAGCGAUCGAGUCUAGAAAAUUGUCCUCGAAGUCCAGACGGGACAAGGAGAAGCCGAGCUGCAAGAGCUGUGGUGAGACCUUCAACUCCAUCACCAAGAGGAGGCACCAUUGCAAGCUGUGCGGGGCGGUCAUCUGCGGGAAGUGCUCCGAGUUCAAGGCCGAGAACAGCAGACAGAGCCGUGUCUGCCGAAGCUGCUUCCUGACAGAGCCCGUGGUCUCCAUGAACCCCAACCCUGAAGCUCCCACUGAGCCCAAGCUGAGCACAGAGAAGUUGCCCCCUACGGAUGCCCAGCCCAGCCUGCUCUGUGGCCUCCUGCGGCUGUCGGACAAUGGUACAGACUGGCAUGAAGUAUGGGCGGCCAUCCCUGAGUCAGACCCUUGGGUGCUGGAGCUGCAGGGAGGCAACCAGGCUGGUGGGCUGCCACGCACCAUCUCUCUCCCUGGCUGCACCCUGAGCUCGCCUGGCCCUGAGGAGGGGCUAGAGACGGGCUGUGUGUGGAAGUUGCAACAAGGUCUGAAGGCAUGGUACUUGAGUGCCCCUUCCGGGGAGCUGCGGCAGUGCUGGCUAGAGGCCCUGAGCACCGCUGCCCAGGGGGACGCUGCCCAGGACAGCCCAGGCCCCCUGCAGCCCUGCACCCCAGCAAGCACGGCUGCCCCAUGAGCAGAGCCGCCCACUGCCCUUGGUACUGUGUGUUCUCUUGGUGGGAGUUAAGGUCAGAAGCCAGGCAGGAGAGUGAAGGACUCCUGGAAGCCCAAGAAUGGACUGAUGACCUAGAGGCUGGGACGCGUGGCCCUGGAGCGUCCCUCUACUCCGGAAAAAGAGGAAACUGAGGCCCAGAGAGGAGUAACUACCAGCCACAAGCCUGUGCCUCCAGCCCCAGCAGUGUGGUCGGAGCGGAGAGCAUGAGCCGCUGCAAAGUCAAGGUCAUCGGAGCAGGCUGUGUGGUGACCAUGUCCCAGAUGUCAGAAGGAAGCUGAGAGAGUGCUGCUCAAGUGUGGUCAUGUCCUGACUGGCCUACAGUCAUGUCCGGGGAAGGCAUAGUUGCUUGUGGCCUGUCCUGGCCUCUGCCCAUCUGUCCCCCAAACCCGUGUGAAGUGGACUGUGACUUGCUGCCUUGGCCGCCGCCUCUGAACUCGGCCCUUCCCCGAGGUGCGCCUCACCCACCACCCCUGCUGAGCCUUUGUGGGGAGGGGGUGAGUGGAAGGCCCAUGCCGCCCCCCAUUCCCGAAGAGACACAGUCAGAAGCUCUGCGAGCAGACUGGCCCUCGCCCCUGGCUUCUCGACAAGUGGACACAGUGCUUGCCAGCAUAAAUAAAUGCUGGCUGUCAGCAAGUGGGCAUA